AUGUCUCCCCUGUCCCCCGCCCGCCUCGCUGUCCUCGCCGCGGUCUUCUCAUGGGCUGUCCUCGCCGCAAACGCCCAGGGGGGUGGAAGCGGUCAGCCAAACACAAGCUUGGCGAUGAUCAUCCUCUACGCCAUCACCGGCUGUGUCUCUGCUCUCUUCUGCAUAGUCAUCGUUUCCGGCGUACGUCCGCUCACACUCGUUAUAUCCGCACCUCCUCACCCCCCACAGGCCAUCCGCGCCAUCCGCCACCCCGAGCGCUACGGCCCCCGCCCGGGUGACCCCAACUACGGCGCCCCCGCCCAGAGCCGCGCCCGCGGUCUCACCCGCGCCAUCCUCGACACCUUUCCUGUCGUCAAAUUUGGCGGGGACCCCGCCGCGGUCCCCCCGAAGGACGUCGAGAGUCCCUCGGAGGAAGGCGACGACCUCGAGCACGACCCACGCACAGGAAGGACGAUGGAGCUCCGCUCGUGGGAGGUCGUACACGACCCCAACACGGGUGAGACCCGCACAACACGGUAUGGCGCGCCAGACGAGGCCGCCCCACAGGUGGAUGCUGCCCCGCUGCACGAAGACGAUAUCGUGGCGCAGGCCCAGGGCCUCGAAGGGGACGAGUCCUCGUCCCCCCGUGCGGGCUCAUCCAGGGCUGAUGCGGCACUCACGGUGCGACCACGCCUGCGCCUGGGGCGGACAGCAGACGGGGGCGUGGCGGCCGAGGCGAGAGGCGGCGCCGCGGGUGUGGGUGCGGGCGACAAAGAGAUUGUGCCGGACGCUAUAGGCCGUGAGACGUGCCCUAUCUGCAUUGUCGACUUUGAGGAGGGCGACGACCUGCGGGUGCUGCCAUGCGAGGGGCACCACCGGUUCCACUGCGAGUGUGUCGACCAGUGGUUGCUCGAGCUCUCGAGUAGCUGUCCAAUUUGCCGGCAGGACUUCCAAGCACUCGAGACGAUGAUGGCUGGCAACUCGGAUCCCCUCGAACCACCACACAUGCCUGGGGCCGCACGCCCGUUAUCGACAGCUGCAGCGCGGUUCUCGCGGUAUCUGCGCUUUGCACGACGACGGCACGACCGACGCCAGGAGGACGGCAGUGGGUACGACAUUACGGAUCCGCCGAUGCCCAUCGCGCCCGAGAUGCAUUUCUGA